UCUUCAUUAUAAGUUAGUGUCGGAGCGUCCGGCUCAACCGUGUCAUCAGGAUGCCGCGAGCGGCUCUUCUGUGUUUUGUGUGGCUGUUCAUAAGUCCGAGUGUACUGUGCAGCGAUUGCGUCUCAUUCAACUUCGAGAAUGACUUUGAAACCCAAUUUGAUCCGGGAAAAGGAAUUUGUGGUGAUAAUGCCUUCCUGGUACCUUGGACACUUGCAAAUUACUCCUCAAUAGCCGUAGAAAGCCCUCAUCCUCUAUCCGAGUCCUUUAUCACUCCAGCAAUUUCAAUGAGUUGCGUCGCAUCGUCCACCUUUCCUAUGAGUGUUGAUGGUGUAAUUGAAAUCAACUUGUACAUGGACAAUGAACCCAUGGUCAAACAGCUGAUUAUCGUAAUUCAGGAAUUAAAUGACAAUGGGAACUAUGGCACCAUUAAUACGGUGGUGUAUUCGUCGAUGGAUGCAAGCUUCAUCCCUGGAUGGGCGUCACUGAGGAUUGACGUUGAUCAUGCCACAGAGGACCAAUUUGAUGGUCAUAUAGUACUGAUGGGUAUGGCAUCUGCGGGGUCAGUGGUAUUGGUCGACUCCUUCCGGUACAUUCCAUCAUCAACAAACGAAGAAGACUGCGAGAUAUACACAGAGAGAACAACGCUAGCACCCACUACCAUAACAGAAUCCGAAACUGACAGUGACAGCGAAGAGGAUGCUGAAAAUGGCCCAUCGACCCCUGGAGUAACUGACAGUGACAGCGAAGAGGAUGCUGACAUUGGCCCAUCGACCCCCGGAGUAACUGACAGUGACAGCGAGGAGGAUGCUGAAAAUGGCCCAUCGACCCCUGGAGUAACUGACAGUGACAGCGAAGAGGAUGCUGAAAAUGGCCCAUCGACCCCUGGAGUAACUGACAGUGACAGCGAAGAGGAUGCUGAAAAUGGCCCAUCGACCCCUGGAGUAACUGACAGUGACAGCGAAGAGGAUGCUGAAAAUGGCCCAUCGACUCCUGGAGUAACUGACAGUGACAGCGAAGAGGAUGCUGACAUUGGCCCGUCGACCCCUGGAGUAACUGACAGUGACAGCGAAGAGGAUGCUGAAAAUGGCCCAUCGACUCCUGGAGUAACUGACAGUGAUAAUGGUGGCGAAGGGGAUGGUGUCACUGGAUCUACAACCCCAGUGACUGACUUUGACGGUGAAGGGGAUGGUAAUUCUAGCACUACACCGCUGUGGACGAACACUGUUGACGAAGAUUUCACAGGAACCGUCACUGAAACAUGGUCAACUGCCGGAGAUAACACAACCGAAGAUGUCACCACUGCUGACCCUACUGAUGAGAGCUCAUCAAAUAAUCCAGGCUUCUGGAACCCCUUCACAAUUACCAUGGUGGCUAUUAUAUCAGCUACAGUUCUUUUCUUAUUGUGCCUUGUGUUCUAUCAACUUGGCAAGCUAGCGGCUAGAAGGCGAUCGUCACCAGUGAUCGUCCAAGAAAUCGAUUACGACAAUUUGCCCAGAUCCAUGACCGUUCCAAGAGCUAGAGUAUACACUGACGUUGGUAUGAACCCUUUUAGAAACAGUAUACUAGCUGUUUGAUUUUAAAACUAAAUGCGAUGCAAAUCCUUUAUUGAUCACAGCAUUAGAUUCUUUAAAAGACUAUAAAAGAACUUAAUAUAUUGGGUAGAAUAUAGACUGUCCCUUUGAGACUGCAUAUUAUGACGUAAAAUAUUUGUUAAUAAUAUGAUUGUAAAAAUCUGUACUUAUGUGUAAAAUUUGUGCUUAAAAUUUUCGCUUCUUUUCUUUCUGUAUUGUUACAUUUUCUUUAGCUGAUCGACAUUCGGUUAGUAUAGACUUUGUUUUUUCGUGUUUCAAUUUUAAUGCAGUAUUUACUAGGUACUGCAUUUAAUCAGAGAUUAUUAAGUAGCUUAUAUCUAUACUCGUAUCAGUGGAAUUGUUUUGUAGAUUUAAUCUUAUUAUGUCGUACACUACAAUUUACAGCCGCAAACGCCAUGCUUUAGUUCAACAAAGUAUUAGUUUAAUUGAUUAAUUUGUAGAACAUUUCAAACAGUAUAAUAUUGUGAUAAUGUGUAGAUAAUGUAUAGUUUAUCGAGAAAAAAUGUAUAUAUUUACUAAAUUGCUAUUGUAAAUGUUAUUUUGUUUAUACGAAAACAGAUUUUUA